UCAGACAGAGACGGACAGAGAUAGAGAGAGAAGGCCAGUUCACCAGGUCAGUCAGUGCAAAAGAGAGAGAGACAGAACUAAACCAGUCCACCUGGUAACAAAGGCACAGAGAGAGAGAGAGAGAGAGAGAGAGAGAGAGAGAGAGAAGAAAAUCAGGGCAAGUCUACCUGAACAAAUGAAGUGAAAGAAUGUAGAAGAGAGAAAAGCAGCUUUUCAACUUGAUGAUAGAUAGAGACAGCAAGAAAAAAGAAGAGAAACAGCCAGUGCAUCAAAGAGACAGGUAGAGAGAGAGACAGAGAGAGAGAGAGUGAGAGAGAGAGAGAGAGAGAGAGAGUGAGAGGAGACCCACUACAGAGAGGUGGAGGAGUACUACAGACCACCAGGAGCCCAGCUGAAUCUGAGAGCCGUGCAGAUGGCCCUGGUUCUGGUGCUGCUGCUGAGUUGGAUGGCACACACCAUGGCAACCCCCCCAGCAGCCAGUGCCCCUGGAGACGUCCUCAUCGGCGGGCUCUUCCCCAUCCACGCCGGCGCCAUAGCUCCAGCCAAGUACCAGACGUCGGACUUUAGCCAGCCCCAGCCCGCAGUCUGCUUAGACUUGAAUAAGGCCCGUGUGUCUGAGGCCCUGGUCAUGAUCCAGGCGGUGGAGGAGGCCAACCGCUCGCCGGCGCUCGCCAGGCUGGGCAUCACGCUGGGCUACCACAUCCACGACUCCUGCUCCGACGUCAGCACGGCCCUGCGGGCGUCCAAGGACUUCACGGAGGGCGUCAGCUCGACGGGCGGCGGCGCGGGCAACAGCAGCGAUGGCGGCUGCCGUGCCAGUGCCAACGGGUCGGUGUGCACCCAGUCGGUGGUGGCCGUGGUGGGGGCGUCCUUCUCGGAACUCUCCAUCGCUCUGGCACGGCUGCUCACCCUGGAGCUCAUCCCACAGAUCAGUUACUCGUCCACGGCCACCAUCCUGAGUGACAAGCUCCGUUUCCCCGCCUUCUUGAGGACCGUGCCCAACGACAUGUACCAGACUCGCGCCAUGGCCAAGUUGCUAAGCGACAACCACUGGAACUGGGUGGGCGUGAUCACGAUGGACGGCGACUACGGACGCUCGGCGCUGGACAGCUUCGCCUCGGAGGCGGCGCAGAAGGGCAUCUGCCUGGCCUUCAAGGAGAUCCUGCCCGAGUCAGUGAACGACCCCAACGUGGAGAGCUCUAUCCGCCAGGCAGUCCAAAGCAUCCGCAGCAACAGCAAGGCCAAGGUCAUCGUGUCCUUCGCCAAAGCGGAGUACAUGCGGCAGGUGUUCGAGGAGCUGCAGGACGGCCCCGCCGAGGACAGAGUGUGGAUCGCCAGCGACAGCUGGUCCACCAACGGCAACGAGCUGGCGCACAUCGAUUUCAGCACCGUUGGGAAGGUCGUGGGGUUCACCUUCAAGAGCGGCAACGUCGCACCCUUCCAGCAGUACAUCAGGGAGCUGAAGAGAGAGGAAUAUAUGAGCGAGGACACAAACAUGCCAUUUCUGAGGGAGUUCUACCAGGGCGUGGAUCCAGACGAGGCGACAGACAUCCUGUUGAACAACACAGCCUCAGACUCAGUCUUCAGCAUCCAGAUGGCCGUCAGCGCUGUAACCCAGGCCAUAGUGGACCUGUGCGCUAAACCAAAGAACUGCAAGACUCCUGGAGCAAUCAAGCCAUGGCAGCUACUCGGCCCCCUAAAAAGAGCAACGUUUAAGAUGGAAGGAAAGAACUACAGUUUUGAUAGUAGAGGAGAUGUGAACCUGGGUUACGACAUCUCCAUCUGGAGAACCAACAAGGAAUCCAUAGGCACCUUUGACGUGGUCGCCGAGUAUCACCCUGCCAACAACACCAUCACGCCGACCAGCCGUGCCACGCGAAGCCACCUCAGCCUCUUGAAGGACGUGGUGUCCAAGUGCUCCAACAGCUGUGAGCCGGGAGAGAUGAAGAAGAGUGUGGAGGGGCAACACACCUGCUGCUACGAGUGCAUCAACUGCACUGCAGACCAUUACUCCAAUGACACGGAUGCGGAUCAGUGCCUGAGUUGUAAUGCUAGCGUAGAGUGGGCCCCGGUCAGGAGCACGUCCUGCAGACUCAAGACCCUGGAGCUGCUGGACUGGGCGGACGGCUUCGCCAUCGUGCUGCUGACGCUGGCCGCGCUGGGGGUCAUCGUGGCGCUGGUCAUCUGCGUGCUGUUCCUAUGGCAACGCAACACGCCGGUGGUGAGGGCGGCGGGCGGGCCGCUGUGCCAGAUCAUCCUCCUGUCCCUGAUCGGGAGCUACGUCAGCGUGGUCUUCUUCGUGGGCCACCCCAGCAGCCUCAAGUGCAAGAUCCGUCAGGUGCUGUUUGGUCUGAGCUUCACCCUGUGCGUGUCCUGCAUCCUGGUCAAGUCUCUGAAGAUCCUGCUGGCCUUCCACUUCAACCCGUCGCUUCAGGAGGCGCUGCGGCGCCUCUACAAGCCCUACGCCAUCGUGAUGGCCUGCAUGGCCGUCCAGGUGCUGGUGUGCAUCGUGUGGCUGGUGCUCCGCAGUCCCACGCCGCUGCGCCAGCCCUUCGACGCCACGUCCAUCCUGCUGGAGUGCCACGAGGGCUCGUACGUGGCCUUCAGCAUCAUGCUGGCCUACAUCGCCGUGCUGGCGCUCGUCUGCUUCGCCUUCGCCUUCAAGGGCCGCAAGCUUCCCGAGAGCUACAACGAGGCCAAGUUCAUCACCUUCGGCAUGAUCAUCUACCUCAUCUCCUGGGUGAUCUUCAUCCCCGUGUACGUGACCACCAAGGGGAAGUACCUGCCCGCCGUGGAGAUGGUGGUCAUCCUCAUCUCCAACUACGGCAUCCUCUGCUGUCACUUCCUGCCCAAGUGCUACGUCAUCCUCUUCAAGAAGGAGCACAACACCAAGGACGCGUUCCUGCGCAACGUCUACGAGUACUCGCAGAGGUCCACCGGCUCGCUCGUCGGCUCCGCGUCCCUGGGCAAGGAGGAGGAGAAGACAACCGGUCAGCUCUUCUCCAUCAGCAGGUUGUCCAUUUACCUGCCCUCAGAAUCUACAGACACUGUGAGCACGGGAACCACACUGUCGCAGUCCACUCGGGGUCAGUCGCCGAGGCCACGACUGAAGAGGACAUUCAGCAUAUGACGGAAUUAUCAGAACUCUUACAGGGGAGCUACACCAGACGCGUAACUGAAGCGUUCCGUUCGCGACGCGUAUGUUGCAGCCGGUCGCAGCAGUUAAUUAUCACUGUAGUCAAUGGAAGUAGCUACACCAGACGCAACAGUGGCGCGUACAUUCGAAAAAAAUAGACCCAUCUUCUAAAAUGGAUUUUACGCAUCGCGAACGGAACACUUCAGUUACGCGUCUGGUGUAGUUCCCCUGUUAGAAGCCUUAUUCUUUUCCUCACCUCCUAAUCAAAUAUCAGAAACUACUUUGAGAUAUAUAUCAUAUCAAGACCUUUUUUUGACUGAUUUUGACUGUCUUUUUGGAGUUCAGAUUGUACGGUGAUGAAUACAUUGAUCUAAUAAUGUCAUGUCAUUGCUCUCCAAUGGCGUAUUAUCUACAGUUGGUGUGGGAUAUAGCCUACAGUGGUUUGUACAUAUUUUAUUCAUGAGGUAAGCAUCUCUUACAGUUUGCUAUUGUUUCUGUAAGUCGUGUGGGUCUGGAUCUGACAGUGUCAUAUUUCAUAUUGAAAGCACAUUUCCCUUUUUGGCUGGUUUUCCAGCAUGAUGACUCCUGUUGCAUGUGAUGUGAAUAAUAUUCCUGUACGAGGCACAUUUUUUACUGCCAAAACAUUGUGAUGAAAGUCCCCUUGGCUGGAAGAACCGGUCACUUUCCUGACAGUAAAAAUAAGAGGUCUGUGAUGGCACUA